AUGUCGACGACAAUUGGCUCUGGCAUGUUUCAUGGAAUUGGAGGCUGUAUGUUGCUCUUUACGCCUCUGCUGCACUCGCAGGUAGAGAGCCGACGUAUGCAAGAAUGGGCACCACGACUCAAAGGAUUGGCUGAAAUGCUUCGUUGGGCCGAUGCUUUGCAGACGCAAAAGAGGUGGGAAGCCGAGAAGAAGCCAACUUUCGUCUCCUUCAGACGCCGAUGGCAGAUAGGGGUAGAAAAGAGGAGUCAUGUAAACAGAGAGUGGGCAACAAAGCGACUCAACAGCGUACCAAUCGGUGCGAGGGCAGAAGGGAGCAUGGCGACUGUACGCGAUCAUGAGGGUGUGUGGAGCAAUGCGUGUCUCUCGAGAAAGGGUCUCAGAGACGACGACGACGACGACGACAGUGCUGAAGACAUUGCAGCCUCCGGCAGGUCUGGCCAACUCUCCGCUCACGUAAGUACUACUAUCGUCUACUAA